AUGGACACUAACCUGUUUGGAACUUUACACAAUACCCUUAUUCAUAAUAAUAAUAACAAGAAAAAGAAGAAGAAGAAGAAGAAGAAUCAACCGCUCCUGCUGGAUCAUGGCGCAGACGUGGGGAUUGCUAGUUUCGACAUGGAGCUGCCCAUUGACGUCGCUCAGGACAAGGACACGCAAGCCAUUCUCCGAGAAGCCAUGGAAAAGCAGAAAGUGGAUGCCUCCGCCGCGCGUAAGGCCGAGGAGCAACAGAUGUUGGAUGAUGCAAACACGUGGCUCAAGACCGGCCAGUACCCGUAA